CCGCCCUGUGGAAGCCUGACCCGCGGAGGCCGGGGCCACCAAGAUAGUCCCACGGGCUGGCCUUCGGUUCCCAGUCCUCUCCGAGCGGGGUCUCCUGCGGGUGGGUGGCUACGGGGACGAACACGAAGGCCCCAGGACCCGUUGGUGCGCGGACCCGGAGCUUUACGGCUUGCCCCGCCCAGGUCUCGCGAGAGCGCAGCCGUACGUCUCGCGAUACGCGGGCGUAAAAGAGGGAGAUCUGAGCAGCGGCGACGGCGGCACGGAGGCUGAGGCGGCUAGAAGGGAAGUGGCCAUGGAAGACCUGGGGGAAAACACCACCGUCCUAUCCACCCUGAGGUCUUUGAACAAUUUCAUUUCUCAGCGAGUGGAGGGAGGAUCUGGACUGGAUGUUUCCACCUCUGCCCCAGGUUCUCUGCAGAUGCAGUACCAACAGAGCAUGCAGCUGGAGGAGCGGGCGGAGCAGAUCCGCUCCAGGUCCCACCUCAUCCAGGUGGAGCGGGAGAAGACGCAGAUGGAGCUGAGCCACAAGAGGGCCCGCGUGGAGCUGGAGCGGGCAGCCAGCGCCAGCGCCAGGAGCUACGAGCGUGAGGUGGACCGCAACCAGGAGCUCCUGACGCGCGUGCGGCAGCUUCAGGAGCGGGAGGCCGAGGCGGAGGAGAAGGUGAAGGCGCAGCUGGAGCGCUACAGGUCGUGCCAGCAGAGCCUGGACGCCGCCAGCAAGGAGCUGCGGGAGAAGGAGGGCGGCCUGGCCGAGGCUGGCGAGACCAUCAGCGUGCUGAAGGGGAGGCUCUCGGACCUGCAGUGGAGCGUGAUGAACCAGGAGAUGCAGGUGAAACGCCUGGAGUCGGAGAAGCAGGAGCUGAAAGAGCAGCUAGAGCUGCAGCACAAGAAAUGGCAGGAAGCUAACCAGAAGGUUCAGGAGCUCCAGGCCAGCCAAGAAGCGCAGGUGGACCAAGAGCAGAGGAUUAAGGAUUUGGAGCAGAAGCUGUCCCUGCAGGAGCAGGACGCUGCAGUUGUGAAGAACAUGAGGUCUGAGCUGGUGCGGCUGCCCACGAUGGAGAGGGAGCUGCGGCAGCUGCGGGAGGAGAACGCCUGCCUGCGGGAGAUGCGGGACACCAACGGGCUGCUCCGGGAGGAGCUGGAGGGGCUGCAGCGGAGGCUGGGGCGGCAGGAGAAGAUGCAGGAAACCCUGGUCGACCUGGAGCUGGAGAAGGAGAGGCUGCUGACGAAGCUGCAGAGCUGGGAGAGGCUGGACCAGACCACGGGCUUGAGCAUCAGGACCCCAGAAGACCUGUCCAGGUUCAUCGUGGAGCUGCAGCAGCGCGAGCUCGCCCUCCAGGACAGGAGCAGCUCCAUCACCAGCAGUGCCCGGGGGCUGGAGGAGGCCCGGCUGCGGCUCCAGGAGGAGGCCCGCCAGCUCGGCAGCCAGCUGCUGGAGGAGAGGAAGAAGCGGGAGAUGCAUGAGGCCCUGGCCCGGCGGCUGCAGAAGCGGGUCCUGCUGCUGACGAAGGAGCGGGACGGCAUGCGCGCCAUCCUGGGGUCCUACGACAGUGAGCUGACCCCGGCCGAGUACUCGCCCCAGCUGACCCGCCGCAUGCGCGAGGCCGAGGACAUGGUGCAGAAGGUGCACGCGCACAGCUCGGAGAUGGAGGCUCAGCUGUCAGAGGCCCUGGAGGAGCUGGGAGGCCAGAAACAAAGAGCCGACAUGCUGGAGAUGGAGCUGAAGAUGCUGAAGUCCCAGGCGGGCCCGGCCGAGCAGAGCUUCCUGUUCUCCAGGGAGGAGGUGAGCUCGCUCAGGUUGAAGGUUGAGGAGCUGGAGGGGGAGCGGAGCCGUCUGGAGGAAGAGAAGAAGGUGCUGGAGACGCAGCUGGAGCGGCUCACCCUGCAGGGUGACUACGACCAGAGCAGAACCAAGGUGCUGCACCUGAGCCUGAACCCGGCCGGCGCGGCGAGGCAGCGGCUCCACGAGGAUCGACAGCGGCUGCGGGAGGAGUGCGAGCGGCUGCAAGAGCUGGUCCGUGCCCUGGAGGCCGGCGGCGCCGUCCCCACCAACCUGGAGGCCGCCGCGGGGCUGCCCUCGUCCAGGGAGGUGGCAGAGCUGAAGAAGCAGGUGGAGAGCGCGGAGCUGAAGAACCAGCGGCUGAAGGAGGUCUUCCAGACCAAGAUCCAGGAGUUCCGGAAGGUGUGCUACACACUGACGGGCUACCAGGUGGACAUCACCACAGAGAACCAGUACCGGCUGACCUCCAUGUACGCGGAGCGCAAGACCGACUGCCUCAUCUUCAAGGCCGCGGGACCCUCGGGCACCAAGAUGCAACUGCUGGAGACGGAGUUCUCCCGGACCGCGCAGGAGCUCAUCGAGCUGCACCUGCUGCAGCAGGGCAGCAUCCCCGCCUUCCUCAGCGCCCUCACCCUCGACCUCUUCAGCCGCCAGACCGUGGCCUAGCCUGCGGCCCCCAGCCCCGCGCCUUCUGAAGGCGGAAGCGGGCAGCCGGCGGGAGCCCGCUCAGGCCCGUCCCUUGGGGUCCCGGCCCUACCAGGCCAGCGAACCCAUCCACAGGGCCCGGCCUCCAGCCCGGACGGCCGUGAGCGUCAGGGCCUGAUGGGGACUCCUGCGUGCCCCCCAGCCACCCCGCCCAGGCGGCCUGCACCUGCGCCUCUGCACAGGACCCCUGUGGGCAGGGUUAAGCGGCUCAGGGGUGCCCCUCCCCGACCCCUGGGCUCACGGCCACUCUGCAGGGACAGGCCACCACCUCCUCACUCUCCGUCCUGGAGAGCAGGUAGGAGGCAGCGGUGGGGGACCUCGGGGGCAGCGCUCUGGGCCGGCUUCCUGUCCCCUCCCCCGGGCACCCCUGCUGCACCUGCUCAAGCCCGGCCGGGCCUGGACCUGGUGGGUGAACCUGGGCUGCCGGCGAAGUUCCUGGCGCUGGUGAAAUAAAGGCUCCCCUCAGCCCCCACCCGGCUCACUGUGUGUGUGUCGGAGCCCCUGGGCUGACGGGCUCCCUCCACUCACACAGCUCGGCACCCCUGCCGUCCUGACGUCCCCGCCCUGUGUGCCUGUUGCAGGCGCACGGUGGGUACUGCCGUGGAGCCCGGCAGAGGUGGGUGGGAGCGGCCUCGGGGC